AUGGCUUCAAAAUGUUCAGUUCUUUUGCUCUUUACAUUGAUUUCCGUUUUGAGUUGUGGUGCAUUAGCAGGUGCGCGGAAAGAGAACUUGGUGUUUUACGCCCAUGAAAUCAGCCAAGGCCCGAAUCGUACAACGCUUACAAUUGCAGGAGUGAAUGGAAGUUCUUCAGUUCUGUCAGCCUUUGGAACAGUAAGCGUCGUAGACCAUGCAGUCACUGAAGGGCCAAAUGCCACCUCUAAAAUAUUGGGAAAAUUUCAAGGACUAGUGGCCACUACAGAUUUCAGUAGAAGCAAUUUUCAUUUGAUUUUUUCUGUUGUAUUUGAAAAUGAGAAAUACAAUGGAAGCUCGCUGGAGAUGCAUGGCACUAUUAGGUCUCUUGAGCCCCACUUGGAACUUUCUGUCUCUGGAGGUACUGGGCAUUUCAGAUUCGUUACUGGGUAUGCGGUUGUUGAGAUUUUAUCAGCCGUUGCAGGUUUUAUUGAUUACAAGUUCAAUGUGACACUUCGAUCAUAUUAA